UGGAUUAGCAUAAACAAAUUUGUUGGUAUGAUCUAGACCUCUCAGGCUGGGUAUUUAAUUAACACAAUUGUGAUAGACUAGGAGUUAUGUCAGUUAUGUCAGUGGAGAAUCAUCUGGACAAAGGGGGAGGAAGUCAGCGGAGCCCGAAGGCGGGGUUGGAGAGUAAACACGCACACAGUGGCAAAGAGAUGAACAUACUCGUGCUCGGGAAACACGGGGUCGGAAAAACAGCUUUGAUCGUACGGUAUCUGACUAAGCGAUUUAUAGGCGACUACAAUUCAGACAAAGAGAUGCUGUAUAGCCAUGCCACCAGUAUAGACGGAAAGCACCUGACCUUACAUAUCAUUGACACACAGGGCCAGAGAUCUCUUGACGACGUGAGCCCAUCCCAAGUUCUUUGGGCAGACUGUGUAAUCAUCGUUUUUGCCGUAAAUAGUAAGACGAGUUUUGACCUGGCACAAAGCAUUGUCGAGCACGUCCAUCAUAUUCGGGCUGAAAACCAGAUGCCCGUUGGACUCGUGGCCAACAAAUCGGACAUGAUCGACAGGAAACAAGUGUCCGAUACGGAAAUAAGCAGACUGUGUGCGGAAUUUAAUCAUUUUUUCUUCGAAACCGCAGCUAGCGAGGCGCGGACGAGUGUAGCGGAUGUAUUUGAGACGCUUGCGCAGCAAGUACGGAUUAUUUUCAAGAAGAAGGAGAAAUUGACCAGAUUUAUGGCCAAUCCUGCUGUGGCAGCCAGGUUACAGAUUCAGCAAUCUUUUCGAAGUCUCGCUGAACGAACUUGGAGAUCGCGGACCUCAACGCUUUGACACCCUCUGAGCAAAGAAUUUUAGCAUCUCAACUAAUUAUAAAUAACUAUAUUGUUAUUGACGAUAAAUUCACUAAUAUGGAAGUCAUUAUUGGGCCGACCGCCUUCCCUUUUGGGGUUCCUCCAUAUCUUGAAUGUAUGAUCAAUCGAAGUGUUUAUAGUUUUUCAUAAUUCCGGACGACACAUUUCAUGUUUUUCUGUGUAUCGCUCGAAGUAAGAAUGCACUAUUUAUGCACAUUUCCAUGAUUGUUCGUUGCUCUCUUGAUGUA